AUGAAGUGUUUUCUUCUUUUCGUAGCAUUGGUGACAGCAAUUACAGAUGACCUGAACUCGACACUGAUGGCGAUCAAAAGACUCCAUGAAAAAACAAACUACAGUACCUUCUACGAAGUUUUUGGUGUCUCAGAAAAUGCCUCCAUCACAAGCAUAAAGAAGCUAUACCAAAAGAUGAUGAAGCUCCCAAGCCCCAUCUCAGGAAUUGAGAAAAGAGAGGAUGCCGUUGCACUCUUGACAGAGGCUUACAACAUCUUGAAAAAUAAGAAGUCUGCAUACGAUUUUAUACUUUCAAACUCAUAUAUCUAUAUUGGGGGCAAGGAUAACUUCAGAAACAAUCUUUAUGUAAUUCUAAUGUCCAUAGUUGCUGGACUGUUGGCAAUUGACUUGAUACACUUUGGUAUCAGAUACCUGGCUUUCAUGGCCAGCCCUAAGAAGACUCCAAGAAAGAAGGGGCCCAAGGAUACUAAGGAAUCCGCGCCGUCUAUGAUGAUUGUAAGUAUUCUCCGCUCUAUUAAGUCUUUGAUUAAAAAGUAA